AUGACAGCGCAAGCAGAAGAAUCCCUCAGGACACUCCAAGACCCUGCUACACUCUCGAUAGAUUCUUCUAAGAACCAUUCGCCGACUGCUUCUUGGGCGGAGAAUAGCAUCCUUGGGCUUUCCGCCAAUUCGAAUGAGUCCUUACCGUUGGACGACACAUGGGCCUUUCUCACAGACACGCAGUGGACUGGGCCACAGUUGCAAUCGAUGGAUCUUCUAGCUGAUGGUAUCCUUGGAUCUCAAGUCCCCGGAAGACAGAGAUCAUCACCAUCAGUGCGAGAAACUGAACCAACACAUAACGGAGAAGAAGCAGAUGUGGAUAAGCUGCUGCCCCCGAACGUCCUCAAUGAAAUGUACACCAAAUUUUUCGACAAAGCGCACUCCGGAUAUUUCAUGAUGGAUAAAAAUAGGUUCUUGUCAAGACUAGCCGAUUCACAGGCAAAUUCCGAGAUGCAAAGCCUAAAGCUAAUUAUAUUGGCUCAUGGCGCAUCUCUCAGUUCUGCUCAAGCUGAUCUUGCCCGCAAGUUCUACGAACUCUCGCGAAAAGAGUUCGAAAAGGCAGAGUUAGGGAAAGGGUUUUUGACUCUUACAGCACUGCAAUCCUGCAUAUUUUUAGCUCAGUUCGAACUCAAGCAGACAAUGUUCGCUCGGGCCUGGACCAACAUCAGCCGGGUAAACUGGAUGGUGCGAAUGUUUGGCUUGCACAAUAUGGACGGCAAUACCACAUUCCCGAAAGCGUAUCAGGAGCGCAGAUAUCACCUCCCGCCGACCACCGAUGUGUGGGAACUUGAAGAGAGAAGGAGAACGUUUUGGGCGGCUUUCCAAAUAAGCUGCUUUGUGAGUAUAAACAAAGGCUGGGAGACCCACAUUCCGACCAUCUACGCAGACGUAACAACAUUUUUACCGGCUAAUGACGCUCCGAGCUCAUUGUCUAGGUUAAAUCUUUAUGAUGCAUUCAGGUUAUCUGGCUCCAGGGAGCUCAGUACCAACAAUGCGCUCAUACUGAUCAGCGGGUUGCACAAUCGCUGCCUCUUUCACGUCACCCACGCCAUCGAGGAAGGCAAGCCAGGUAGCCCGACUUAUGACUUUUGGAUGCACCAUUAUCGUAUCAGCGAGAACAUCAAGCGGAUCGCGUCCGGUGCUGCUCCAACGGCAGCUUCAUUAUUGCCAAACGAGCCCAAUGCCUUUUGCUUGAACAUCAGCGUUCAGGCGAUAGUGAUCUGUCUCAACUACGCGGAGACUAUGCAUGUUGCCGGGGCGAAGGUGCCUAGGUCGCCACACCCAUUGUGCGAGAACUCCAAAUGCCAGAACUCGGCCUUGGCAAUUGCCAACAUGUCGCGAAAGCUAAUGGGUCACGCUGACCUGGCGAAGAUGAGUAAUUACGUUCCUUGGUCGAUAUAUGUAGCCGCCCAGGCAUGCAUUCGCACACUGAAUGCCAACACCUUCGCACUGGAUGCCAUCCACGAGUCCAGAAGUCCGCGCAGCGCCUCUCCUUCCAGUCCGUUUGACACGUGGACGUGGGCGCCCAGCAGUAAUGAGGGAAGCUGGGAAGCUGCCACAAACCAAAUUACGGGCGCAACGAGCGCAACGAAUCUGUUCAGCAGUGCGAUGGGGCCGUUAUCCUCGUCACCAUCGCUGUUGACGCCGAGAGGCAUAGGCACAACGGUGUUUCCAGAAAGCGGCAGCGUAGUGAACCGCUCCGUACUGCAGGAAGCGCUGAACUCACUUGUUGACGCCAUGGUCGCGCUCAUGCAGAUCAGUCCGCUGGUUGGCGUCUUCGAGGCCGAGCUUCGCGAAGAGCUGAGCGGCGGCAAGUUGCUAACUGACCAACGUUUAAUCGGCUUUGUGGGCCUUCCGUUGGGUGGCCAGCAUUUGCAGCAAAACGAUAUUGGUAGUUUGGGGGACAUGGGUUGGGACUAUCCACUUCAUUAG